CCGACUGGCGGCGGGUCUUGGGCUACCCCAAGCGCAGAUUGGGCCCUCGCGGGGCAGAUGGACGGCAGCGGUGGGGCCGAGGCGUCCGGGUAUGGAGAAGAGGGCGAGGACGAGGAGGAGGAAGAGGAAGAAGAGCAAGAGGGCGGCGCUGCGGGUUCGAAGGGGUCCAGACUGCCCCCCAUCGCGGGCGGCGCCCCAGCGGUGACCAAACGGAAGGUGAAGAAGAAAAAGAAGAAGAAAAAGACCAAGGGGUCGGGCAAGGGCGACGCAGAUAAACGGCAGAGUCGAGGCCUGAAGAGUCAGCCACUUUCCUCGUCCUUUCAUGACAUCUUAAAUCCCAGCAAAGACCUUGGUCCCAAGCCAGAGCACAGACAGAGCAAAGAGGACAAGCACGCCCCUUCUUAUUCUUUUACCCUAAGUGUCCCCCACUUUGCAGAAAUCGAAGAGAACCUUUCAAACCAGAUCAAUGAAAGCCUACGUUGGGAUGGAAUUCUCACAGACCCGGAGGCAGAAAAAGAAAGGAUUCGCAUUUAUAAACUGAACCGAAGGAAGCGGUACAGGAUUUUGGCCCUCAAGGGCUUCCACUCUGAUUCCUGUGCCGAGGAGCCCCCUGAGAACUUACCUUCCCUCUCGGACAAAGAUCGCAGUACCCUGAGUAGGCAGCCCGCCUUGAAAGCCAACUGCCGGAGCCCCUAUUUGGAAGGAAACGUCACCCCCAAGCUCCUGCACUCGGACUUAGCAGCUACCCUGCCGGACUGAAAAUCCACCCUGAACCGGCAGGUUUGCCAUUCCUCCUUAUCACAAGGUGAUAUAUUUGAAAGAGGAAUAAAAGGAAAUCAGGCCUGGAUCUGAAGGAAGCAGAUGUUUGGGGUGCCCUGUCCCUUCAUGGAGCUGCCUCGCCUUGACCCCCUUAGGAAUAUCGGUGUGCUCAUGAGCACAGCUCUUGCGGAGGCUGCUUUUCCUUACAGUAGCUUUGCCCUUUGUUACUGAAUUUCUCAGCAUAGCCCGCUGUCUAUAAUCUGUCCCUAAAAAGAAAAAGUGUGCAGUUGAACGAAUUUUAACUCACUCAUUUCCUGGGUAAAACUCCUCACACAGUACAUGCUGCCGUAGGCCCAAGGAAAAUGCCCCCAAAUA